AUGUCCUCAUCAACAGACACUGCUUCCCAAGCCGAGAUCAACCGCCUCAAGCUCGAGCUUCAGGCGCUCAAGGUCGAGGAUGGCUCAGAACAGAUUAUGCUGGCACAAUUAGGCGUCACGUCCAUGUUCGGCCUACCUGGAGAUUUCAACCUGGGCUUCUUGGAUCUGGUGGAGGACCAUCCUACCAUCGAUUGGGUCGGUAACUGUAAUGAACUCAACGCGGCUUAUGCUGCCGACGGAUUUGGCCGCGUGAAAGAACAGAGUAUUGGGGUCAUAUUGACGACGUUUGGUGUUGGAGAACUGUCAGCGACCAAUGGUAUUGCAGGAGCUUUCUCCGAGAUGGUUCCUGUCCUUCAUAUUGCUGGCGUCCCUAGCACUAUGCAACAAAAGACUAAACCGAUGCUCCAUCAUACUCUCGGUGAUGGAAGAUAUGACGCAUAUAUGAAGGUUGCUGAGCAGUUCAGUGUAGCCCAGGCGUACCUCACCAAUCCUGCCACCGCCGCGGUCGAAAUCGAUAAUCUCCUAACUGAAUGUAUGACAAAGGCCCGCCCUGUUUACCUGACCCUGCCAACGGAUAUCGUAUAUGAUAAAAUAUCGUCAGCGCGUCUUAAAAUACCUCUGUCCGUUGAGGCGUUUGUAUUGGACAAGAUCGAGGAACUCGUAAAAGCGGCGGAUGGUAACGUGGUUAUCCUCCUCGACGCGUGUGUUGUCAGGCAUCACGCGCGCAAAGAGACGAAGGAGCUGGUUAGGAAGACCGGGUUCCCCGUAUACGCUGCACCUAUGGGAAAGACAGCUAUAAAUGAGAGCUGGGAACGUUUCGGGGGUAUUUAUGUUGGAUCCAUCAGUCACCCUGAGAUCAAGGAGAAGAUUGAGUCGGCGAAACUCAUUUUAUCCCUUGGUAGCUUGAAGAGUGACUACAACAGUGGCAAUUUCACGUAUAGGAUCCCCACUGCGCGCACUGUUGAGUUACAUUCGUCGUGGACCAAAGUUCAAUAUUCUGAUCAUCCGGGCAUCGGCAUGAAAGAUCUACUUCCUAAGUUGACCAGUAGACUUGAAGCCUACAAGAGUGCAGCACUAAGAUACGAUGUUCCGCCUUUCCGUGCGGUCGUACCUCAGGAAGACGACAAUAUUAUCUCCCAAUCUUGGUUUUGGCCCACGAUGGCCAAAUUCUUUAGGCCCAAGGAUGUUAUCGUCGCAGAAACUGGUACCUCGAAUUUCGGUAUUUUGGACGUGCCAUUGCCAAACGAUUCGAUUUUGCUUAACCAGGUCUUCUGGGGAAGUAUCGGUUGGUCCGUUGGAAGCUGUCUCGGGGCUGCGUUGGCUGCAAAGGACAAGGACCUCGGUCGUGUCGUUCUCUUUGUCGGUGAUGGUAGUCUUCAACUUACAGCGCAAGAGCUCUCAACUAUGAUUCGCAAAGACCUCAAGCCUAUCAUCUUUGUUUUGAAUAACAGUGGCUAUACCAUCGAACGGUAUAUCCAUGGAGAAACACGAAAAUACAAUGACAUCACGAACUGGAAAUGGACGUCACUUCUUGAAACUCUAGGUGACCUCGACGGGACGCGCUCAAAGUCCUAUACUACUAACACCAAGGAGGAGUUGUCGAAUCUUCUGGACGAUUCAGAGUUUGCUAGCGCCAACAAGAUCCAGCUUGUCGAGGUCGUAAUGCCUAUGCACGAUGCUCCUCGAGCACUGAAGGUCCAAGCCGAAUUGAGUGGCAAGACCAACGCUUACACCAAGUAAAGGACAAACUUCGUAUGCUUUCUUUGACGAUAGAUAUCUUGUUUUAAACGAUGAUUGGCAAAUUACCUCACUGGUUGUACUUUUUGGUUAUUAGAUAUAUAGACUCUUGCAAAUGAAAUGAACAAAUGCUGCUUUCUUUCA